AUGGUUAUGGAGUCGAAUAUUUCCGGUUCUGAAACCCACGGCGAUUUUGGGUUCGCUUUCAACGACGCUAAUUUCUCCGACCGUCUUCUCCGGAUCGAAAUCACCGGUUCCGGCGAGGUUAGUUGUUCUAGCGUCGGCGAUUUGGUUAGGAAUCGCAAACGCAGGAGAGAAGAUUCCAACAAAGAGGCGACUUCAACAGCCGGAGUCUUGGAUCUUGGUUCAUAUCAUGUGGAAUCUAAUUUAAACAGUGAGAAUAACAAGAACAACAAGGAACAUGAAGAAACACAAUCAGGUGGUGAUUAUGAGAAUGAGUCUUAUUGUAAGCUCACUAGUCCUUUAGUUCUAAGAGUUAAGGAAUUGCAUAUAAGCUCUCCGAUUUUGGCAUCUAAAAGCCCAUUUUUCUACAAGCUAUUCUCUAAUGGAAUGCGUGAGUCGGAGCAAAGACAUGUGACUUUGAGCAUAGAUGCUUCUGAGGAAGUUGCUGUAAUGGAGCUCUUGAAUUUCAUGUAUACCAAUUCACUAUCAGUCACAACUGCCCCAGCUUUGCUCGAUGUUCUAACGGUCGCGGACAAGUUUGAGGUUGCUUCGUGUAUGAAGUAUUGCUGCAAUUUUUUGUUAAAUACGCCUAUGACCCUAGACUUUGCAUUGCUUCUUCUUGAGCUUCCCUCGAGUAUUCAAGCAGCUGCUUCAGUAGAGCCUUUGACAAAUGCUGCAAGGCAAUUCAUCGCCUCUCGCUACAAGAACAUAUCCAAGGUUCAACUAAACGAGCUGAUGGCUUUACCGUUAGUAGGUCUCGAGGCAAUAAUAGCAAGUGAUGAUCUACAGGUUAUAUCAGAAGACACUUUAUACGAACUUGUCUUGAGAUGGGCCAAAACACAUUACUCAGUUUCGGAAGAACGCCAAGAAAUCCUCGCCUCUCUCGCUAACUACAUUCGUUUCCCUCACAUGUCAUGUCCCAGACUCAGGAAAAUCUGGACGUCGGAUGAUUUUACACAUCCUGACAAAACAAGGCUAGUCCUUGAAGCUCUCUUCUUCAAAGCAGAAUCACAGCACCGCCAACGCAGUCGAGCCUCCAAAAAACAUGACUCACUUGCCCACUGGUAUGUUGAACGAGACUACAAAUUCAGACCCAUCAAAAUUGUGGAAUUUGAGAUUCCUCGUCAACAAUGCAUCGUUUACUUAGACUUAUCUCACAAAGAAUGCGCGGGACUCUAUCCAUCCAAUCAGCUAUAUUCUCAAGCGUUUCACUUAGGAGGACAAGGCUUUUUUCUCAUAGCUGACUGCAACAUGAAACAGCCAAAUUCGUUUCACUUUGGAUUGUAUAUUGCUAUACAAGAGUGCGGGUUGGUGAGUCUCACUGUGGAGUGCGAGUUUGCAGCGAGGUCGAAGCCAACAGAGGAGUUUGUGGGAAAAAGCAAAAUGAGAUACACUUUCACAGGUAAUAUAUCUGUUGGAUUAAGAAACUUGUUUGCGAUACCAUGGGAGAGUUUCAUGGCUAAGACUUGUCCUUACUUCAUCAAUGACGUUCUUCAUCUCCGGGCCAAGCUCUCCAUCUGCCCUUAG